UACAGGCAGUACGCGGCGGCAUCACCGAUACUUGGGAGACUGUGCUCAUUGAACCGUGUGUUUGACAUCAUAUCGACCGGCUGUUCGCUGGCUACUCAUAAUAAACCAGCAGUCCAUUGCUUGCCGUGUGUGUGCGUAUCUCUCUGCCUCUCAACUGUCACAGUACGUACGCUCCUUCACUACACACUCGCAUCUCAUAACAUUAACCCAUUAAGUACACAGUCAAGCCUUCACUCUAGCUAGCUGACGGUACAAUGACGAUCAUGGCAGCGACGCAAGUAAGCACCGGUCAGGAAACCAUUCCCCAUCAAAUGCCGGCUCAACAACAGCAACAACAGCCACUAAAAUCUUGCAUGCCAAGUCCACCACAAACCAUUCCAAUGAAAGAUCAUGAUGCCAUCAAGCUUUUCGUUGGUCAGAUUCCAAGGAAUUUGGAAGAAAAAGAAAUUCGGCCCAUCUUCGAAGAGCACGGUCGUAUUUAUGAGCUAACAAUUCUGAAGGAUCGUUAUACUGGCAUGCACAAAGGCUGUGCCUUUUUGACAUAUUGUGAUCGUGAAAGCGCCAUUCGUGCACAGACAGCACUACACGGACAGAAAACACUACCCGGGAUGAAUCGUCCCAUGCAAGUCAAGCCUGCAGACAGUGAGAGUAGAGGAGAGGACAGGAAGUUGUUUGUUGGAAUGUUGAAUAAGCAUCACUCUGAUGAAGAUGUACGUGCCAUGUUUAGUCGAUUUGGCAAGAUUGAUGAGUGUACAGUAUUACGUGAUGCUAAUGGAGUAAGCAGAGGGUGUGCAUUCAUCAAAUUUAACUCAAGGAAGGAAGCAUUAGCUGCCAUUAACAGCAUUAAUGGAACCGUUUCUAUGCCAGGUUCAUCCACUGGACUUGUUGUGAAGUUUGCUGAUACAGAGAAGGAGAGGCAGAUGCGUCGUAUGCAGCAGUCGGUACCAGCUGGACCUGUGUCUGGAUUCUUCAGUCCUACUCUAUCCCUUACACCAAUGGGAGGCUUGGGAGCUUAUAGUGCAUAUGCUCAGGCAGUGAGUAUGAAGGAGUUUAUGCAACAGCAGGCUGCUCUGAUGGCAUGUGGACAGACUAUGGCUGCUACUGCCUACAUGAACCCAAUGUCUGCUGCAUUGUCUGCAGCCCAAGUUCAACAAAUGAAUGCUAAUAUUGCUGCUGCUAAUGGAUUCACUGCUGGAACCACUGCUAUGACUCCAACUGCUAGUGACUUUGCAUUUGCUGCUCCAGGUGCAGGACAAGCUACUGUGAAUUGCACAACUCCAUCCCUGCCAUCACCCACCAUGCCAACAUAUACCAUGGCUCUACCAGCUAAUGGUCAGAAUAGUGAAGCUGUCUACACUAAUGGUAUACAUCAAUACACAGGAGAGUAUGCUCAAGCAUCUGCUGCUGCUGCUGCUGCUGCUGCUGCUGCAGCUACUACUGACCCAUUGCAGCAGGCCUACACUGGAAUGCAACAGUAUGCUGCUACUUAUCCUGGUGCCUAUGGGCAACUACCUCAAGGAUUCCCAACAGCAGCUCAGCAAACAGCAGUCAUGCAAACCCCUCAGGCCAGGGAGGGUGAGUAUGCCACCGUCAUCACUAAAGAGCAACGUCAGGAAGAUUCACAUUUAUACAACGUACCUGAAACUGGCAAUUCUGUGAUGUCUCCAGUUCGAUUUUCUCUAGCUGGACCUGAAGGCUGCAAUCUAUUUAUCUACCACUUGCCUCAAGAGUUUGGGGAUGCAGAGCUAAUGCAGAUGUUUCUGCCAUUUGGCAAUGUAAUAAGCUCCAAGGUGUUUGUUGACCGAUGCACCAAUCAGAGUAAAUGCUUUGGAUUUGUGAGCUUUGACAACCCAAAUAGCGCACAGGCUGCCAUCCAAACUAUGAAUGGUUUUCAGAUUGGCAUGAAGCGUCUUAAGGUCCAGUUGAAACGCCCGAAGGAUGCCAAUAAACCUUACUAGCUCUAUCUGAAUCACCAAGCUCUACAGGUGGGAGCUGCUACUUAGAUGAUGUGGUCAAUAGUCACAAGCCUGCCCACCUGUUGUUGAGAAGGCUAGUUGUAUCAACGAAUCUACACACACAAAUUACAUUAAUUCAACUUACACAGGUUAAAGGCAUUCCAAAUGGAGUGAAAGUUGAAUUUUGUCUUGUUAUUUUGAAACGAACAAGGUUUGUAAUUGGGUUAAAGCGUCACUAAACACACUAAGUCAGAAUAAACUGUAAAUGUAACUUAUUGUUUGAUUGAAACCAAUCACGAAUUGCAAUGAUCAUUGCUGAUGAACAGUAAAUUUAUUUUUCCUCCAACGAUAAAGAUGUUUAAUGGAACCUAUGUUCCUGAUGGUCAGUUGAGUGAUAGUUAGGAAGUCAACCCUUAUUUGUUCUUUCAGUUUUAGCUCCAAUACUGACCUGAUUAUUGGUUGAUUCCAUUUUAUUGAUGACAGAUAUGUCGUACAAAAAGUGUACAAAUCUAUUGUUCACAUCCAUUAUUUCAUGCAGAUAUUAAUUUCCUUUAGUUGUUGACUGGAAACAUAAUGUCCUAUUCUUAUUGUAUUCACACUUUGUUUUGAAUUUGACUGGUUUUGAUAGCAUUGUCAUUUGUACACAUCUAUGUCCUGUUAAAAUGUUUGGUAUAGUUAUUGAGUCUUACAUUGUGUACGAUAACAAAUAUUAAGGAGUGUUCUUCUGAGACAGUAUUAUACACGGAUCCAGUUUGAUGUUGAAUGUUAGAGCCAUGAAAUCUGUAGUAUUUUUUAACCAAGCUGGAACCAAAUAGAUGUCUUUAUUCCAUCCGUCCAAAGAUUUGAUUCAGAUUUCCCCCUGAAUUGAAUGGAAUGAUGGCUUGGUUUGAUCCUUUGAUUUUUAUUCCAGGGUGCACUUUUUGCAUCAUGAUAUACAUAUUUUUUAAAAACUGUCUUUAUUUUUAAAAUGCAUGUUUCUGUGCCCUGGUUAAAAUGACCAAAUUUAAGAUACACUUGUGAUGUGUGCCAUGUCGUAAUAACACACUUUAGUAGAAUUGGUUGGGUAAGUUGUUGUCAGUAUCAUUAGUGGUUUAUUUUAAGAUCAGUAUGAAAUCAUUUUUGAAUCACACUAUGUCCAAAGGUGUAUUUUUCAAUUUGUCAAGUAAUCACUUACAAAAGUGGAUUUGGUCUGAGAAAUCGACUGGAGAUACUGUAUGUAUUGGUUCCUUUGAAUGUGAAAGUGAAGACAUUAAUAACUGUUUUGUAAACUCAAGACUCUAUGUGAAGUUAACCUCUCAGCAACUAAGUGCUUUCUCUUCAUUUAAUUAUCAACCCCAGUAAAUGAUUUAGGAAUUAAAAGUUGUAUUCAGAUUACUUUCAUGAAAUUCAUAACAUUCUAAGUAUAUUCUGUUCCUUCAAGUUAGUAUUACUUGGUGGGCAUAAUUUUCAUUCACUGGAGUUUGGGGGAUCAGUUUGAUGUGUGCAAAUAAAAACGCUACAUGAUUGUACUUUGUAAUAUUUGUUGUAUAUCCAAAACACCACACUUGAUGUCUUGUUAGUAGUGUGGAUUCGGAGUUUGGAUGUAGUUUGCUAGUGCUGCAAUAAUGCACAUGCAUUUUGCAUGCAUUGAUCAAGAAACGCCACCACAGGCUUAUAAAUAUUUAUAUUUUUAAAGUGCAAUAUUUGGUUUUCAAACUUGGAAAGUGUGUUGGUGAAUUAAUGAAACCAUGUUACUGCCAAACGUUCAUUUAAAACAGUGUUGGUAAGAAAUUAGGUAGUAUACAAAAAUCAAUGAUAGAUAGAGUAAACAAGAAACUAGAAAGUAAGUGCUGGACUUUGACCAAAGGUGCUCAUUCAGCACCUCCAAUUUGCAUUCCAGUAAAUAUACUUGAAGUAGCCAUAGAUAUUUUGUAAAACAUUAGAAUGAGGAGCGAAUCUGCACCACAGAUUGUUUUUUUCUGUAAGUAGAACUUUCUGAAAUUCUUAUUAAAAUGACAUUGCGUUCUUUGAACCUAAUAAUUUUCAUUAUUUAUUUCAAUACAACUCAAACAAGGUGACUUAGAAGCACUGUUAAACUUUCCUAUUUAUUUGUAUGUUUAAUUAUUUAUUGAUAUUUAUUAAAUACUAAUUUAUUCUACUUAAAAGUAUUACAUUACUAUUUUGAACAAUUGAGUACUUAACUUCAGUCUGCUGUUUCGGAUAUGUGUUUGGGAAAGCAAGCGUUUAACUUGUUGAAACAUUUUCCAUCAAGGUUUGGUUUGAGUUGAAACAGCAAUAUAAAACAAGUUAAAAUAAUUGAUUUUAUUUUAUUUGUUGAAAGGGUAGUUGUUUUGAAAUGUGUGUAACAUUACAAAAUAAUGUUUAUCAUUCAAUUUCUCUCAAGAGCUAAAUUGUGUGGUGAUAAAUGCCAUGUAGUUGUGUAAAUGUCUUCAAACCACAUGGAUGAAUUGCAGUAUCACUGCCAAAGCUGCUUGAAUCAAGCUUGUUAUUGACAAGGUUUGAUUGUAUUACUUUGUUUGGACUGACUAUUUAAGUUUGUAACAUUAUUAAUGUACCUCAUUGCACACAGAGUGUAAUAACACAGUAUAAAAGCACUGUACGUUGUAAGAUUUAUCAAAUAAGUCUCAACAGACUUGUAUUACUUAUUUAUUUAAAAGCACAGUUCUAUUUAUUAUAAUGGAGAUAGAUCACUAUAGAUACAGCUCUUAAAUGUACGUUAAAUAAUAACAAGUAAUAACAAUAACAAAGAACUUGUAGGCAGACUUUUUGCAUGUAAAUAUUGCAAAGUAAUAUUAAAUUGGAAGAUGUCAAUUUCAUUUGUAGAUUAACAUUUAGCUAGGACAACAGUCACUAUAUAGCUCUCAUAAAACACAAAGAAAGCAAGAAUAAACUAGUCAAUUGUAGAAUUAUUACGUAAGUAAAUAAUUUAGAGUCACUUAUGUAUUGAGUACUUGAGAAAGGAAUUUACCUAUAUGUAGACAGGUAAAUGCAGUUAGAGUUUAAGCAUUAUAUCUGCACAGUGUGAGAUGGGAUCACACAUAUCCAUUCACUUUGAAUACAACAUUUUUUACCAACCUUUGAACAUUAAACUAUGACAGAGACUUAUAAUGAUAUGCCUUUAUUUUUUAACAUCACAUGUAAUUCUGGAAAAAAUAUAUAUUAAAUGUUGAAAAAUUUUGAAUUUUGUUGUGGUGGUUGUGGUACACCAUAUCUAUCAUGUUUUUAACUGGUGAAUAUAGUUUGUGAUCUUCUUAACUUGUGCCCAUGUGAUACCAUAGUGUUCAAUGGUUAAUGGUGGUGGUUGUGACGAUCGUGAUGGUGAUUUAGUAUGGUGAUUGAUGUAUACAAUUCUUGCACAUUUACAAACAUUGUGGACCAGGUCAUACUUAAGUAAUUGUUAUUUAAUCCAUUGCUGUUUAACGCAGCAAGAAUGUCAAGUAAUAAUGUCCAGUGAAGAUCUUUUGAAAAUGAUCUAAACAUAUUAACUUGAUCCAACUCCAAGAUACACUAACAAGAUCAUCUAGUAUGACAAUGGCCUAUUUUUUCUAUCUUGGUAAUAUUUUAAAUGUCAUUAUCAGACACCUGUCAAAUCAGCCAUGUGUGUUGUUCUAUAUCCAGUAAUUUGGAAAUGUGCUAGGUGGCUUGUACACAAAAUCACUCUGUAAAACACUGGUUCUUGCUCAUUAGAUUUGGAGCCAUUUUGUGUUUGUAAAGAAACUGUUUUCAUUUGUAAAAAAAAACUUAGAUAAUGAUAUUAUGCUAAGAGCUUUUGAUACUCUAUAUACUUUUUUAACAUAGUAGAACUGGAAUAUGGAGAUCCCUCUUACAUUGUGCAGAAAAGAGUAUUAUAAUUAUUCAACUAAUUCAAAUAUCAGGACAACUGUAGAAAAGUAUUAAGAUAAAAUAUUAAUUGUAGUAGGGUAACUGUAUGAGUAACUUGGUAGAUGGUAGGUAGAUUAAAUAGUUUAAUGCAAAAUAUGAAUUCUAAAGUAUUAGUAAGACAGUUAAAUGAUAAUGAUAUUUUAAACUAUUCAUUGGAAAGAAAAUGUAUUAAUUUAAAACUAAAAGAGUACAAGAUGCCCAUGGGUAGGGUUAUGUAUAUGAUUAGUGUUGCUGUUCAUUCAUUUUGCUGUUCUUUCACAUACAAAGUGAAAUAAUCUGAAGACUAAUGUCUGAUUUCAUGAUGGGUUCUAAAUCCCUUUAUUUAAAAGGCAAGUGGUGGCCAUGUAAUCCAGACAUGUGCUAAAAAGGACAGAAUGUCAACCAAAUUUGUUUUAGUACAAGUUAAUAAAUGACAACAUCUGGGAAAGAUUAUGAGACAAAAAAUCUGCCUUGUAUCUCUUGCCAGAAAAUUCGCUUUUGUCUGUAACUUUAAAUACUUCAUUUUUUUAUAUUUUUUUUUAUACAUUACUAUCCCUUUAAGUGCAAUGUUCCACAUGAUAGGAUGGAACAAAAAUACCUUUGUGGUUAACUGAAUAAGACUAUUUUUUUUCUUCAACCUGUUGCAAGCUUGUAGUGUUAACUGCCAUCUUCUUUUAAUAAUUGGCAAAGUUAUAUUCCUAAGAUGUGGGAGGGAUAAGCACAGGUAACAAGUGUUAAUUGCAUUAAAUAAUACAAAAUUUAAGAUUUCAUAUUCCAGGAUCGUGAAUAUAAAGAUAAUGAAAUAAAGCACACGGGCACAGCACAGUA